GCACGCAUCCGCGUCACUCAUGCGACGACUGCAAGUGUGCGUGAGGGCAAUACUAAUCGAGUGUGGCUCAGUGCUGUUUGUACAGCAGAUCCAUGCCCAUUGGUGGACUAACAAACCAAACCAGAGGGUGAUCGCGGAAGGUGUUCGUAUGACAGCCCCCUUGUUGUUCAACACUCGCUGGUCCGCGGAAACGGUAAUGUUUGUUUGUGACAACAAUUUGCAGGAAUUGAACAAGAACAUGGAAGGCCUGGUGGGCAGUGGGAACCUCUCCACCACCACUGCAAUGAACCAGUGCCGCAACAUAAUGGGUCAUUCGCCUGCUCUCAGCGGCCAGCAUCCUUCUGGCUUGAUGCACUCUUCGGCAGGCUAUUCCGCCGUGGACGUGUCCGUGUCUGGACACUGCGAUGCAUCGGCGUCGUCGGUGAAAACUUGCGUCAGCGUGCCCCAGCAGAAUACUUGUGCAGCCCCCGCUUUGCCUUAUGGCUACUUUGGUCAGAGCUUCUACCCGUGCAGGACUGGACACGGGCCAGUGAAGUCCUGCACGCAGGCUACUGAAACCGUGCUCAGCUCUCAGUACAUGGACUCCGCCGUCAUCCCCGAUGAAUACCCAAACAACAGGCCGAAGGAGUUGGCUUUUUACCACGGCUACCCCAGUGUGUACCAGCCCAUGUCAAGCUACUUGGACGUCUCCCUGGUCCAAACGCUGGGUGCUGCCGAGGCGCGUCAUGACAGCUACCAGCCAUGGGCCCUCGCCAACGGCUGGGGGGGACAAAUGUACUGUUCCAAAGACCAGAGCCACGCUCACAUCUGGAAGUCGGCUUUAGCUGAUGUGGUUGCACAGCAACAAGAAUGUUCCCCUUUUCGCCGAGGCAGGAAGAAGCGCAUACCUUACACAAAAGUACAGCUGAAAGAGCUGGAGAAAGAAUACGCCGCCAACAAAUUCAUCACAAAGGACAAAAGGAGGAGGAUUUCGGCCGCGACCAACCUUUCGGAAAGGCAGAUCACCAUCUGGUUCCAGAACAGGAGGGUGAAGGAGAAAAAGGUUGUGACUAAAAUAAAAAACAGCACGACUUAGCAUCCUGCUCAUUUGGACCACUUCGCAUAUAAGCAGCGAGAAGGCGCAUUUUGGUGAUCAAUCAUCACGCGAUCCGAGUGAUCGUACCUGUUGCUUUUGACGCAUAUACAAUAUGCACGACGGUAGCAGGAAUUUGUAAAUGACAUCCGCAUGAAUCAUAGCCCUUCAAUAAACCAAAUUAUGGCCUUUUUAAAUACAGCAUCUACUCACAUUGUUUUGUCUAUUUUAAGUUGCUAUUCCUGUCUGUGUAUCACGUAACAUGCAUUCCAAGGGUGUUUAUAACGCGUUCCGAUUUCAAUAAUAUCCUUAUCAUCAAUAUAAUUUGAUGUACUAUAUUAUAAAUAUCGCUGUAUAGUCUGCGGGGCAUUUUCAACGAGUCCUCGAAUUUAAGGUCUGCACGUAGCAACGGAAAUGGCGGAGAUUGUUUUGGAUUGCCAUGUAAAUGUGCUAAAAGAACUAAAAAGAUUAUGGUUAAGCCACCGCACUGUACACACGCGAAUAAAACCUGCC